GACCCCGGCGCGCGGCACCUGGGGCGCUGGACCGAGGCGGCCGGCGGCGCUUCAGCCUUGCGCUCGGCCGGACCCCCUUCCAGCCCCCUGCCCCUGUCGGCCGCGACCCCCGGGUGCGGGGCCACCAUGGCGUCCAGCGACGACGACGGCACCAACGGUGGCGCCUCGGAGGCCGGCGAGGAGAAGGAGGCCACGGGCAAGAGGAGGCGCCCGGGCUUCGCGGCCACCGCUUGGCUCACCUUCUACAACAUCGCCAUGACCGCGGGGUGGUUGGUUCUCGCUAUUGCCAUGGUACGCUUUUAUAUGGAAAAAGGAACACACAGAGGUUUAUAUAAAAGUAUUCAGAAGACACUUAAGUUUUUCCAAACCUUUGCCUUGCUUGAGAUAGCCCACUGUUUAAUUGGUAUUGUUCCUACGUCUGUGCUUGUAACUGGAGUCCAAGUAAGUUCCAGAAUCUUCAUGGUGUGGCUCGUCACUCAUAGUGUAAAGCCGGUCCAGAAUGAGGAGAGUGUGGUGCUUUUCCUGGUCUCCUGGACCGUGACUGAGAUAACACGCUAUUCCUUCUACACAUUCAGUCUCCUCGACCAUUUGCCAUACUUCAUUAAAUGGGCCAGAUAUAACUUUUUUAUCAUCUUAUAUCCUGUUGGAGUUGCUGGUGAACUUCUUACAAUUUAUGCUGCCUUGCCAUAUGUGAAAAAAUCAGGAAUGUUUUCCAUAAGACUUCCUAACAAAUACAAUGUCUCUUUUGACUAUUAUUAUUUCCUUCUUAUAACCAUGGCCUCAUAUAUACCAUUGUUUCCACAACUCUACUUUCAUAUGUUACGCCAGAGAAGGAAGCUGCUUCAUGGAGAGGUGUUUGUAGAAAAGGAUGAUUGAUGGAUUCCUGUGCAUACAGUGCGGUGCUUUUUUUUUUUUCUUCCAGAAUAACCAGAUCACUUGAGUCCAACUUUUAAUAAGAAUAAACCAUUUCAUGAAAUACCA